GACUGUCCAUAGCGGAAGUGUGAGGAAUCUCCUUCGGUCUUCCUUGGUGGUUAGAGACUCGCGUGGCGGGAGAGCAGUUUGGCCGCACUCAAGAUGGCGGCGUGAGCGUCCCAGGCGUCUCCGGGAGGCUCUUCCUAGGCGGGCGAGGAGCGCGCGCGUGCGCACGUGCUACGCCCGGAGCUGCCUAUCCAUGGCUUCCUCCAACAACCCCUGGGAGCCCAUGCAGCCCACGGCGGCGGGACUGAUGUUGGCGCGGGCUCUCUCCGCGGGAGUGGUGUCUCAGGGGACCCUAGAUAUAUGUAGAAAACCAUCUGCUUGUUUUACUUAUUUCUCAGAAGCAGAACAAAUUGCUGAUCUCCAAGCUGAAGUCAGCCGGAUUAAUUUGGAGACUGAAGCCCUGCAAAUGGAAAAAGAUACAGCAGACAUUACUCAUCCAUUUUAUCUUACUCAGAAGUGCCAGGCUUUGCAAGCAAUGAACAGGCACCUGGAUGCAGUGCUAAAGAGCAAAAGAGCUCUGAGGCAAAGGCUGGUUAAACCACUGUGUCGAGAAAGUCUGCCUAUAGAAGCUGCCUUCCAUAGAGAUGUGGUACAAUUGCUGGCACUGGCAGUAGCUUUUAUUGAAAAAUUAGAAUCCCACUUUCUUACUGUAAGAAGAAUCCCUCAAAUACCUGAAAACAUUAGAAAUAUGAGUAGUGCAUUAGCAAAGAUGGACUUAUUGGUAACAGAGAUCGAAGAACUGGCAGAACAAAUCUUGGAGUGGAGAGAGAAACAAAAAGGAAUCUUUGAAAAUACACAACUGAUUGCUGGAUUAGAUUGUUCUUUCAAAAGCAUACGAUAAUACAUUUAUUUUUCUCUUUUCCUAUUCCAAAGCUAACAAUUUUUUAAUAAAAUACACAUGCAUUUUAUUCUUGUUUUCAGAUGUAUAACUAUUUGCAUCAUGAUUCUGAAAUGAAUAUUUAUAUAUGGAACUAGUGUUGUAUGGAAACUGGUGACAGAUAUUAAAUUACUGAGAAUUUCUCUUAAGUGCCUGAGGAAUGUUUUAAGGAAAGGUUGUAAUAACACUGUCUUAAAUAACAUCUCUUUUUAGUGUUAUUUAGUGUUAUUUUUAGCAAGCAAAUAAACCAAAU